AUGAGUUCCUACCAGCAGAAGCAGCCCUCCAACCCACCUCCCCAGCUUCAACAGCAGCAGGUGAAACAGCCCUCCCAGCCUCCACCUCAAGAAACAUUCGUUCCUAUAACCAAGGAGCCAUUCCCCACCAAGGUUCCACAACCUGGCCCCACCAAGGUUCCACAACCUGGCCCAACCAAGGUUCAAGAGCCACACUACCCCCAGCAUCCUCAACCUGGCCCAACCAAGGUUCCAGAGCCACACUACCCCCAGCAUCCUCAACCAGGCCAAACCAAAGUUCCAGAGCCAUACUACCCUCAGCAUCCUCAACCAGGCAACCCUGUGUUUCCUGAGAAGGGUCACACCAAGCUUCCUGAGCAAGUCCACCCUAAAGUCCCUCAGCCUGGCCAGCAGAAGAACCCUGAGCCAGUUCCUUCAAAGGUUAUCCCUGGCCCAGCCCACCAGAAGACCAAGCAGAAGUGA